GGAAGAAUGAAAAAAAUGCAGUGGAACUGCCUUCGAGGUCCAGAUUUGAGUUUGAGGUUACUAUGGUAUUCACGGUAUGUUAAUAGCUGCACAGACAUGCAGCAUGAAUGUGGCUUUGGCAACACCACAUCCAAGGUAUGUCUACUUCAACUUCUUCUCUGAAAGACUCAACAGAGAGAUCCCAAUUGAUGAGGACCAGAAGAGCACCAGAAAACAGCACCAGUAAGUGUCCCACACGAGUGAUGAUGGCUCAUCUCCAACGCUUGGAAGAGCACUUUUGGACCUACUUCCCAAUCUGUUUGACAGUACUCCUGGAUGUGACAGCAUUGAUGAGGUUACGAACUGUCGACCACGCCCCAUGUUUUUGAGAAGCUCCGACGCGCCAUGCCUCAUUAGUGGUGGUGACUCGUCUCAUUAAUGGUGCCUGAGUCGACUCUUGUUCAGGAGCAGAGUACGGAACAUGGUCUCUCCUGAAAAGCUAUUGUACAAGCAGCCCAGUGUCUUGGUGGGACGUACUGAUGUGGUGUCAGUGACCCCAUGGUUGGCACCCAUCGUCUGGGAAGGCACCUUUGACCCUGUGCUUGUCGACAAUAUCUACAAGCCCAUGAACCUCACAAUAGCAACCACAGUGUUUGCCAUUGGAAAAUACGUCAGAUUUCUCCAAGAUUUUCUGGACACAGCAGAGAAGCACUUUAUGGUCGGCUUCAACAUGCGCUACUAUGUUUUCACUGAUCGUCCCCACGAUGUUCCUUCAGUGAACCUGACUCGGGGGAGACAUUUGAGUGUGAUCCAGGUCCCGGGUUCAAACCGCUGGCAGGAGAUAUCAGCCCGGAGGAUGGAGAUCAUCCAGACCACCAUCGAACGUCAGAUCAGAAGGGAAGCCGACUACAUCUUCUGUCUGGACGUAGACAGCAAGUUCCACGCUCGCUGGGGGCCCGAGUCUCUUGGAAGGCUGGUUGCUGUGAUACACCCAGGCUACUACGAGCAGACCCGUGACCGCUUCCCGUACGAACGGCGUCCAGCCUCGACGGCCUACAUCCCCAUGGAUGAGGGAGACUACUACUAUGGCGGGGCUAUGAUCGGAGGGUUCGUGGAGGAUGUGUACACACUAACAAAGGUAUGUCAGACCCGGUUUGAGGAGGAUGCGGGGAAUUCCAUUGAGGCUGCCUGGCAGGAGGAGAGCCACCUCAACAGGUACCUGCUCUACAACAAGCCAAGCAAGGUGUUGUCUCCAGAGUACCUGUGGCAGGACUUCAAGGCCAAAACCAAAGAGGUCAAAGUAAUUCGCUUCUCAGGGGUCAUUAAAAACUAUGCUGAUGUUCGUCCCAAUGUAUAAAAAUAGGUAGUGGCUAUUAGACCAGGAGAAGAAAAUAUAUCACAACUUCUGAGAGUGGGGUCACGGGCCAGGGUCACUAUUGUUCAUUUUAACUUAUUUCAUUCUGUAUUCUAUCUAUUUUGCAUGUUGAUUACUGUGAGGGAACAAAGAAAUAUGCAAAAAAUGUAACAAUAGUUACAAUAAUAGUAAUAACAAUAAUAAUAGUAUUAUGUUAUUUUCUUGAAAUAAAUGUUUUACCAUAUUCCAU